UCCAUUUUCAAAGACAAAGUUUCUUUCCUGACAUUAAUGGCAAAGGUUUUUCCUCAGAGUCAAAGACCUACGUUAGACCCUUUCGUGUCUUUUGAAAGACAAACAUACACUAUAUGGAUGAAAUCACUUCUGUGCCAAACUAAUGGUUGCACAGUCUUUGAUUCCGAUGGAGACAUUGUUUAUCGCGUUGACAACUAUGACAAGAAGUGCAGCAACAAGGUCUAUCUCAUGGAUCUUCGAGGCAGAGUUCUUGUUACAAUACUAAGACAGAGGUUAUAUUGUUUUGGAUGCUGGUAUGGUUAUCGAUGGAAUUCUUAUGCCAACAAGGAGAAGCCAUGGUUUCAAGUGAAGAAAUAUUGCAGAUUUGUUUGUAUGGGAAGUUUUGCCUGUCAAGUUACUGUAGGAUUUGAGAAAUACUGGAUAGAGAAAUUGGCUAGCAAAACAGCAUUUAGAAUCGUAGGCAUUGAUGGAAAUGUUAUUGCAGAGGUGAAGCAAAAACAAUUAUCUUCGGGGAUCACGCUGGGAGAUGAUGUGCUAACUUUGGUUGUGGAGCCUCAAGUAGAUCAUUCCCUGAUUAUGGCAAUCGUGACUGUCUACGGAUUGAUCAAACAUAUGCUGUAGAAUAUUACUUACUAUCUUUUAAAUUUCAUGCACAGUGAGACAGCAAUCCCAAUAUUUACAACAGAACAUGCAGACUAGUCGCCAAACAAUAAUUCUUCUGCGGAG